AUGCUCGACAACGAGGCACGUGACGGAGACGACGCCCCUCAAAUUGGGUACAACGAACUGCUAUUUUUCGACUUUGAGUGUCGCGUAGUGCAAAACGAAGCAGGCGACGAGUGGGUAUUUGAAGGAGAUAAUACGAGGAAUAAAUUUUGUGAAUGGCUUUUUACAAAGGAACAUGCAAACUGUAUCGUGUUGGCUCACAACUUUCAAGGUUACGACGGUACUUUAUUCAACAGUACUUACACGAGAAUGGCGUGAUUCCCGAAGUCAUUAUGCGUGGUGCCAAGAUCCUAACGUUGAAUGUUCCAAUGUUCAAGAUUAAGUUUGUCGACUCUCUCAGUUUCAUACCGAUGAGACUCGCUGAUUUUCCAAAAACGUUUGGUUUGAACGAACUCGCGAAAGGAUACUUCCCUCAUCUGUUCAACACAGCCGAGAAUCAGAACUAGGUUGGACCCCUACCACCUACUUCAUUUUACCAUCCUGAUGGAAUGAGUCCUGAUGAGAAGGAAACGUUUUUGGAAUGGCAUAAUGGUUUGAAAGAGAACAAUUAUGUGUUUGAUUUCCAACAAGAGAUUUUGACUUACUGUCGAUCUGAUGUGGAUAUAUUACGUCGUUGCUGUCUGGAAUUUCGCGAAUUAUUUCGUGAUGUUACGGACAUUGAUCCCUUCGAGAAAUGUCUCACUAUUGCAUCGGCCUGCAAUCUAGUGUUUCGAAAGAACUUUCUGAAAGAACAUUGCAAUCAUACCCCCUCACGGUUAUCGUCCCAAAGACAAGCAAUCCCUCUUGGUUUUAAAAUGGCUCUCGUAUAAGGCUGAAAAGGAAGACCUCUACAUUCAACAUGCUCGUAAUGCAGGAGAAAAGCGUGUUGGAAACUAUUUACUGGACGGUUAUCAUGAAGAAACCAACACAGCCUACGAGAUCAACGGGUGCUUCUGGCACGGUAAGUUAACUCGAAUAAAAACGCCUCCUUCGAAUAAACACCUUGGAGUAAAAUUAUAUUAUUGUUUUUACAGGAUGUUUGAAAUGCUAUGCUCGGUAAAUCCUGUGAGUGGUAAGACGAUGCAAGAUCUUCAUCAAGCUACAAUGGAGAAGAUCAGUUACCUUAAAGAUCAUGGUUUCGGUGUGAUUGAAGUCUGGGAAUGUGACAUCAGGAAAGAACUGGAACAAGAUGAAGAUUUGAAGACUUCCUUUGACAACUACGAUCUGGUUGAUCCUUUGGAACCUCGUGAUGCCUUCUUUGGUGGACGAACCAACUGUUCCACGAAUGUAAAGAUGGUGAGAAAAUAA